UUGUUGGAUGCAUGUAUCAAAAACUGUGGUCGGACAUUUCACUUAGAAGUCGCAUCCAGAGAAUUUGAAACGGAAUUUCAGCGCCUAAUGACGAAGGUACAUACAUCGGUAGCACAGAAAAUGCGGAUCUCGUUGAAAAAAUGGGCUGAAAAUGAAUUCAAAACUGAUCAUGUACUUAAUUUGAUACCCUCAUUGUAUUUAAAAUUGAGAAGUGAUGGAAAUGAUUUCAACGACACUUCCACCGAAGUCCCACAAUCACAAUCUAAGGUUUGUAAAGACCCAAAUGUUGUGUCAAGUCAGCAAGAAGAAGACGACAUUGCUAAAGCUAUCGAACUCUCACUUCGAGACAAAAAUGAUGAUACUGCUGUAAAGUCUCAAUCACUUUACCCUGCGAUGAAUUUGAAAAGUCCUUCACCAAAAACCCAAAGAGAUGGUAGAAAAGUCCGAGCUUUGUAUGAUUUCGAGGCAGCUGAAGAUAAUGAGCUAACAUUUUAUUCUGGCGAAAUUAUUUAUGUUUUGGAUGACUCCGAUUCAAAUUGGUGGACCGGUCUUAACGACCGCGGUGAAGGUUUGUUCCCCUCAAACUUUGUAACAGCUGAUUUGAAUGCAGAAAUUGUUGCGAAUUGUCAUAAUACCAAAAAUGCGAAUAAAUUGGACGAAAAAGAAACACAUCAUCAAGAACAACAACAACAACAACAACCAGAAGAGGUCCAAAUCUCGAUAGAUGAAAUGAAAAUUGACCGUUUGUUACAUUUGCUCCAUGACGCAAAUCCCGAAGAUCCUUCACAGGUACCAAUUGUACUACAAAUUGUAAAACUGCAACAAUUUCCGUCCGUCCGUCCGAAACCAGUCGGUUUCUCCUCCAUUUUCGUUCGGACUGACAAUUUCCGGACGGGCGGACGAAAUUUUGUCCGUUUGACACCUUUAACAGGGGGAUUCAAAGUUUGGAGACUCGGUUUUUCUGGAGGACCGAAAAUUACACCCUAGGUAUACCGUCUAGCCUCCGCGGCU